CGAGGCAGCUUUUCGUUUCAUUGUUUAUGCUGCCUUUUUGAUGCUUCAAUACCAAAUUCACAAUUUAACAACUUCCGCCAAACAGGAUACAGCCCGGGCCGUGCAACAUUUGUAGGUUUCGUUUAAAUGUUAUUUAGUGAGAAUAGGCUCCACAUUUAUGUGACAUCAGAGACAUUAUUGCCAGAUGAUUUCAUUGGCUGUUUUUGACUGAGAGGCUACAUAGAGCCAGCCUCUCGCGCGCCUUCUUUUCUCUCCCACACGAACUUACCUGCACCAACUAGAAAGUCCAGUUUUUCUCUAACAAGUCCUAGACAGCGUCAGACAGAGUCCUGGAAGCAACAUGGAUCAGGACAGUAAACGGCUGGUGGUGGUGGUACCAAACGAAGUGAUGGUGCCGCCACGCAGAGUGUUCAGCAGUGAGGAUGAGGCUUGGAGGAAUUACCUGGAGAAUCCACUGACUGCUGCCACUAAGGCCAUGAUGAGCAUUAACGGAGAUGAGGACAGUGCAGCAGCACUGGGGCUACUGUACGACUACUACAAGGUUCCCAGAGAGAGGAGACGUGCCUCCAGUGCUACUAAACCUAUAGACCCCUCUGCUGUUGGACCUGACAACUGCGGGAGCUUGGAGAUGCUCGAUCACCAUCUUCAGGCUUUGCGAUCCAUGCCCGUCAACCUCUCCCUAAACAAUAGUUCCACUACAGAACAUCAGGGCUCCAAGUAUGAAGGUACCUGCCUCGCCAGAGAUGCUAGUGGGGGAGAUGGUAAAGGUGGAGGUGAAGCGGCUCUUUCUCUGGUCAAGACAGAAGGCCAGACGUCUAUCAGAGUGUCCUGUUCGGGAGGUGCCUACCAAGAAGAACCCAGAGAGCAGAUAAGGAUGGUUUAUGAGCAGCACAGCCACUAUGAUUUGCCCCUCACUGGGUACUUGAAAGAUGAACAGAGGAGCACUCCUGACAGCACAUAUGAGGACGCUGCUGAAGGAGAGAUGUACCACAGAAGUCCCUCUUCAGGUGUUGAUGAAUUCCGCUACAGUCUAGGUCCAUCAGUUGACAGUUUCCAGUACUCUCUGGAGGCCAGCAUGUCUCUGCGGCCGCGGCAGGGAGAAGGACCCAUGGCAUAUCUGAACCGGGGCCAGUUCUACGCUUUGACAUUGUCCAAGACCAGUUUCACAUCGUCCCUAUGUCAGGCCAGGGGCAAAGUGCGGGUGAGUGGACUGACGCCGUCACACAGGCCUGAUGGGAGCCCGUCCAAUAGUGAGCAAUGCACCAUCGGAGGCUCUGAGCUGCAGCAGGACAGUAUUGUACAGAGUGUUAUCAUGGUUGUCUUUGGGGAAGAAAAGUGCAGAGAUGAGCAGCUGAAGAAUUGGAAAUACUGGCACUCCCGCCAGCACACUGCCAAACAGAGAGUCCUGGACAUCGCUGACUACAAGGAGAGCUUCAGCACGAUCGGGAACGUGGAGGAAAUUGCCUACAACGCUGUCUCUUUCACGUGGGAUGUCAGUGAAGAAGCGAAGGUCUUCAUCUCAGUGAACUGUCUGAGCACAGACUUCUCCUCGCAGAAGGGUGUGAAGGGGAUGCCUCUGAUAAUCCAGAUAGACACAUACAGCUACAAUAGCUGCAGUAGCAGGCCCAUUCACAGGGCCUUCACUCAGAUCAAGGUCUUCUGCGACAAGGGUGCUGAGAGGAAGCUUCGUGAUGAGGAGAAGAAGCAGCUCAGGAAGAGGAUGAAAGGGAAACAUGGCAGCUCGGGGCCGACCUCUCCCAUUAAGAGGGCUGAAAACACAUUGCUCAAAACCUUGCUAGACCUGGACUCCCAGCCUGUCCUCUUCAUCCCUGAUGUCCACUUUGGAAACCUACAGAGGGCGGGGCAGGUGUUUGCUUUUAACACUGAGGAGGUCAAAAAAGAUGGUGUUCUAGUGAGAAGGAUGUCAUGUGCGGCUGAGGAAGAUGUUGGUCCACCUCAGCCCAAGAAGUCCAAAGUGGACAAGAGAGUUCUGCUGUAUGUGAGGAAGGAGUGUGAUGAAGUGUUUGAUGCCUUAAUGCUGCAAACCCCAACCCUCAAAGCUUUGAUGGAGGCAAUCUCAGAAAAGUAUGCAGUGCCUGUUGACAAGAUGGCCAAAGUUUACCAAAAAAGCAAGAAAGGGGUCCUGGUGAACAUGGAUGACAAUAUCAUCCAGCAAUACUCCAACGAGGACACCUUCAUCCUGGCUAUGGAGAGCUCAGCGAACUCCCUGCGCGUCACUCUGUCAGAGAUCUGAUGGUUGUUUGCCGCAGCAGUGACUGUUGGGUAGACGUGUUCACUGGCGGAUGAAGCUUCAGCUGUGCCGUGCAUACAAAUUGUGAAUGCUUCUCACAGUAUUAGAGUAUUAACAAUGCGAAAUGUGUUCCUUGAGGAAGGCAGCAGAGGAGUCUCAAGGGUUUGUCGCACUGCAUGGAUCACUGACCAAACCUCACCUGCUACAUUACCUGUUUAUUAGACAACUCUUGGGAGUGCCAAGAUUUGUGGCUUAGGUGGGAACAUGUUUGAUUUCUUUUUUUACCUAUGAAAGUCUUGACUAGCUGAUAUAAAUUCACUUCUUAAUACUUAGUGGACCGGAAGAGAUGUAUUCAUACAAGCCACCACAAAGCAUCAAGCCAGCUUGCUGUGGUUUAACAGGCGGACGACACUACAGUGUACAGCAGUUUUAUUGGAUUAACCGCGGAUAGUGCUGUCCGUUUCUUCCUUGAAAGGCUUGAUUCAAAAGUCUAUGCAAAGACUUUUGUUGGUACUCAACAAUUCAAGGUGUGUUGGACUGUUGUGUGUUAUGUAUGUAAUUAUUUUUAUGUGUCUUAAACCGUUUUCAUAAUUUUAAGUCAAAGUGAACUUAAUCUGAUGCUUCUUCUGAUGUGUUUGGACCUACUGCCAUUAUGCACAAAAUGUUUGCAAUCAGUCCCAGUGAAACAACACAUGCUAUAAUUACAUGAGGCACCAUUAUGGUUGGGGACUACGAGUGCCCAGGAUGCUGUUAAACUGUUUUUGCUUCCUCUGUGCAUGUGUUUAUAGCAUCUCCUCUCGCUGAAGAGGCUGCAGUCAUUAGUAUUUAUGACAUCAGUUCGAGCCAACCAGUCCAUCCAUUUACACAACCGUUUUCUGAGGCGGCUGCAAACCAUCAGAGCUUAAGAGCCUCAUCGCUACGUUCCUACUCACUGCUUGUGUUUACACCUAGUUCAUUGACAGCAUUUGUAUCCUUAAUUUCUGUCAUGCAACAUGAUGUACAGUCUUUUAACGAGUCAAUAAAUAUAGUUUUAUAUGGAGGUA